AUGUUUUCAGCUUUAUUCCUCAGUAUUUUCCUUUUAUUUCAGGAAACGUUGGUUUUGGGUAUUCCAACAAGUGUACAAACCACUGUUACUGCUCAAAUUAAGCCUGGUGUUGGCUGCAGUUAUGGCGAUGACGUUGCUUCUGAAUCCGGUUUCAAUGCAAAAUUCUAUUCCUAUCCUCACUCGAACACUGCUAUCUGGGGAGAUAGUUCAGAUUUUGACACAAGCUGGUUAAUGUCAAGCUACCAAGAAUUUGGUUUUAUUACCGAAGUGAGCCAUGUUACCGAGCCUCAAUUCCAAACAACUCCCCUUGAUACAACUACCGCUGAACUUUAUGGUGCCGAAAUUACAGUAUCCAAUAUGACUAUUGAACUUAGCGGUUACUUUUAUGCACGGGAAACAGGAUUAUUCAUAUUUCAACUUCAAGCAAUUGAUGAUGCUGUUCUUGUCUGGUUUGGUAACGGAGUUUCUUGCUGCAAUUCAUCAGAAACAGAUGACACCGAACCUACUAUUGGUGCUUAUUGGGAGCGUAACUCAGACGUCAAUGGAGCGGGUGUUGCGUAUGUCUAUAUGGAGGAAGGAUCUUAUUAUCCAAUAAGACUGCUUUAUAAUAAUUGGGAUGGUGCCGCUUCUUUGCUUUUCAACGUGCUUACACCUACAAACGUAGUUAUCGAGGAUUUCUCGGAGUACGUCUAUCAGUUUAUCAGUAUCGGAGGAGAAUGCUCGUCUUCUACUGCUUCCUUCCCUUUUAGUACAAUCACACAAACUACUGGAUGCACUUCAGACACAUAUGCUUUGGAAACCAUCACUACUGAUACAGCAGGUAGUACGGUGACAAGUACUGUCGUUAUUGUUGAUGAGCCUGAUGCACCAUCCAUCUGCGAAACGGGCUCCACUGAUUCUACUACCGACUCUACUGAAUCAACCGAUUCUAAUACAGAAUCAACUGAGUCAACUGAUUCUACUGAGUCCACGGAUUCUAGUACCGACUCUACCAAUACUACCACCAAUUCUACUGAGUCAACUGAUUCUACUGAGUCCACGGAUUCUAGUACCGACUCUAGUACCGACUCCACAGAUACUACUACCGACUCUACUGAGUCCACCGACUCCACUGAGUCUACAGAUUCUAGUACCGACACAACCGAGUCCACUGAAUCAACCGAUUCUAGUACAGAAUCAACUGAGUCAACUGAUUCUACUGAGUCCACGGAUUCUAGUACCGACUCUAGUGAGUCUACAGAUUCUAGUACCGACUCAACCGAGUCAACCAAUUCUAGUAUUGAAUCAACGGAUUCUGCUACUGACUCUAGUACCGAGUCCACGGAUACUACUACCGAGUCUACUGAGUCAACGGAUUCUAGUACCGACUCUACCAAUACUACCACCGAUUCUACUGAGUCAACUGAUUCUAGUACUGAGUCAACCGAUUCUAGUGCCGACUCCACCGAUACUACUACCGACUCUACCGGGUCAACCGAAUCCACUGAGUCAACUGACUCUAGUACUGACUCCACAGAUACUACUACCGACUCCACCGAGUCAACGGAUUCUAGUACUGAAUCAACGGAUUCUGCUACUGACUCUAGUACCGACUCCAUAGAUACUGCUACCGACUCCACAGAUUCUAGUACUGAGUCGACUGAAUCCAGCAUCGAUCCUGAAACUGAAUAUACUGAUUCUAGUACAAACCCUAGUACGGACCCUAGUACCGAGUCCAUUGCUUCUAGUUCAAACACCGCUAAUCCUAGUGCUGAUUCUAGUACUGAGUCCACUGAUUCUAGUUUGAACUCCGUUGAUUCUAGUACAGACUCUAGUGCUGAGUCCACCAAUUCUAGAACAGAUCUCACAGAAAAAACUAAGGAGACGAAAACGGAUAUCCUUACAACAGAAGUUACUAUAACUAAUUAG